GUCAUCUGUCAAAUAAAUUCAAUUCGAUGAGAUUCCAAGUUGAUGCAUUUCGCUGUAUUUGUGCGUUUUGUAAAUCAAUCGCGACAGUUUAAUGUUUUGUGUUGUUUCUCCUUUUGUUAAUAUUGCCAUUACAGUAUAUAAUAUAAUUAUCUAACCAAUAUUUCGCUGUGAAAUGCCAACUCAACUUACCUAACCUGAUCCGGCUAUUUAUUUAUAAACAUUUACAACAAACAUGGGUGUUACAGUGUUGCAACAGUAUCCAGUACCAGAGAAUAAGACGGGGACAUUUGUAAUAGAGCUCUUGACGAGACGUCUGCUAGCGUUGGGAGCUACACAACAAGGGCAGUUCCUAGUGGACUGCGAAAGCUACCUGUCACAUCCACAAAUGGGCACAACAAAAACAGUCCACAUCCUUCACAACUCAGAGCAGCCUGCUUCUGUCUUCUCUAUUCUGGAGAGUGGCACAAAGAACAUCCAUGUUAUUGCCGAUGGCCUGUUCGAUCUACUCAUGAUGAAGCUAUCACAGCACUAUACAUCUAAGAAGCAGACUAAAAUCGAGAGCAAAGGACCGAGAUUUGAAUUGGGAGAUUUCUGUGUGAAACUCGGAUCUGUUAUGAUGAAUCAGAAUUUCAAGGGGAUCCUUAUUGAGGUUGAAUACAGACCCUGUGUCAUGGCAAAUGCCGUAUGGGGCCUCUUACGGGAAUUCCUCCAGGGUCUGCUCGGCCCCUCUAUACCUGUGAGCCCACCACAGCACCUCUUAAGCCGCAUGCACGAGAUAUACACUCCUAUCGACACAAUUCACCAGUACCUUGAGCAUUUUAGCCAGUAUAGAAAACUCACAGGCCUCCGGAAUGCCUAGGCCUAGACAUAUAAAAUAGAAGUGGUUCUUAGGUCAAACAGUGCCCCACAAACUGAAAAUUGAGAAUACUUACCUAGUGUGGUACUUUUUAAGUGUUUGUUGGUGAAUGAAAUUAGAAAUGUGUAUUUACAUGUCUGAUAGAUAUAAUAGUUAUUUGUUAUACAAGGGGGCAAAGUUGUAUUUUAACGCCGAGUGUGGAAUUGAAAAACGAGCAAGUGAAAGGAUUCUAUAGUUGAACCACGAG